UCCUCUCUCUCUGCUUCCAGCCAGGGGUGAUGCCAUGGCUGCUGCGAGCUCCAGCAGGGCCAGGGCUGGGCCGCCCUGCGAGAAGUCCCAGCUCUCUGUGAAAGUGGUGUCGGUGAAGCCCAAGGCACACAGCCGCCCCUCGCGGAUGAACUGCUAUGUGGAGGUGGCAGGCGACGGGCUGCCCAGCGAGACCAAGAAGACGGGGAAGCAGAUCGGGAGCUCUGAGCUGCUGUGGAACGAGAUCCUCACCUUGAACGUCACGGCUCAGAGCCCCUUGGACCUGAAGGUGUGUCGGCCUCCAGCUGGGGGCCCUGCGCUCUGCUCGCCCGCCCUGGAGAACAGGCAGCUGACCCUGGACCUGCAGACGGAGAACAAAGGCAGCGUUGUCUCCGGCGGAGAGCUGACGAUUUUCCUGGACGGGCCUGCUGUUGAUCUGGGAAGCCUGCCUAAUGGCAGUGCCGUGACAGAGGGUGAGUGCCGCCCGUCUCCGCAUGCACGCGGCAGCUCUGAGCACGAGGCGGUGAGCAGCAGCGGGGAGAGGAGUGGGGCUGAGAGCACGGCCCUCAGGACCUCUGAGCAAGCGUCCGAGUGCCAGCAGCCACAUCCUCUCCCAGGGUCCCAGGUGCCUGGACGGGACCCCAGCAGCAUGGCUGCCGCCACAGAAGGCAGACACCAGCCUCCCAGUACAAACUGCUUUGGAAGCAGACCGAGGACGCACCGACAUGCAGCUGGAGUGGCCAGGCAAAACACGGGGAGCGGAGAGCAAAGUCCCAGCGCCCGGAGCCGGCACCGGCAGGAGGCCAAGAGCACGCAGCACGCCAGCAUGGCCAACGGCACGGCCAACGGCACAGGACUGGGAUCAAACCGAUCACAGCGUACUCACCUGGGCCAUUCUGCAGGUUCCUCUGAAGGUUGGCACGAUGGGUUUGAGGCCUCUCAAACUGCCUUGCUAGAAAUGAGUAGCGGUCAGAGCCCCCCUCACCCGCGUCUUGCAGGACUCUGCCCGCCGGCCCGGGCAGCGGUGCUAGCCCUGGAUGCUCUGCCCCCCGGGUGGGAACAGCGAGAGCUGCCUAACGGUAGAGUCUACUAUGUAGACCAUAACAACAAGACCACCACGUGGGAGAGACCCCUUCCUCCAGGGUGGGAGAAGCGUGUGGAUCCUCGAGGCAGGUAUUACUACGUGGACCACAACACCCGGACCACCACGUGGCAGCGCCCCACGGCUGAGUAUGUCAGGAACUAUGAACAGUGGCAGUCUCAGCGAAACCAGCUCCAAGGAGCCAUGCAGCAGUUCAGCCAAAGAUUCCUGUACCAGUCAUCCGGCGCCCCGUCCGACAAUGAUCCUCUCGGUCCCCUUCCUCCCGGCUGGGAGAAGAGACAGGACAAUGGGCGCGUGUAUUACGUGAACCACAACACACGGACCACCCAGUGGGAAGACCCUCGCACGCAGGGGAUGAUCCAGGAGCCGCCGCUGCCGCCUGGCUGGGAGAUGAAGUACACGAAUGAGGGCGUGCGCUACUUUGUGGACCACAACACUCGCACCACCACCUUCAAGGACCCGCGCCCUGGAUUCGAGUCUGGGAGCAAGCAGGGGGGCUCCCCGGGGGCGUACGACCGGAGCUUUCGCUGGAAGUACCACCAGUUCCGCUUCCUCUGCCACUCGAACUCCUUGCCCAGCCAUGUGAAGAUCAGCGUUUCCCGACAGACGCUCUUUGAGGACUCCUUCCAGCAGAUCAUGAACAUGAAGCCGCACGAUCUGCCGCUGCCCCCGGCUCUGGUGCAGGGGCUCCUGCUCUCCGCCUCUCUCUGUGUCCUGCCAGUGGUUUUACCCUAUGGAGACGGGCAGCUGGUUUGUGCGGGGUGUGCUGCGGGGGUGCGUGGCUGUCCCCUCCGCUGGGGCACCCCGGCUCCUGGCGCCGCUCGUCAUCGCGCUCCCCCUUCCUCUCGCCCCAGGGAGUGGUUCUUCCUCCUGUCCCACGAGGUGCUCAACCCCAUGUACUGCCUCUUCGAGUACGCUGGCAAGAACAACUACUGCCUGCAGAUCAACCCUGCCUCCUCCAUCAACCCUGACCACCUCACCUAUUUCCGCUUCAUCGGCCGCUUCAUUGCCAUGGCUCUGUACCACGGGAAGUUCAUCGAUACUGGCUUCACGCUGCCCUUCUACAAGCGGAUGCUGAACAAGCGGCCCACGCUGAAGGACCUGGAAUCCAUCGACCCCGAGUUUUACAACUCCAUCGUCUGGACCAAGGAGAACAGCCUGGAGGAAUGCGGCCUGGAGCUGUACUUCAUCCAGGACAUGGAGAUCCUGGGCAAGGUGACCACCCAUGAGCUGAAGGAGGGCGGUGAGAGCAUCCGAGUGACGGAGGAGAACAAGGAGGAGUAUAUCAUGCUGCUGACAGACUGGAGGUUCACGCGGGGCGUGGAGGAGCAGACCAAGGCUUUCCUGGACGGCUUCAACGAGGUGGUGCCGCUGGAGUGGCUGCGGUACUUCGACGAGAAGGAGCUGGAGCUGAUGCUGUGUGGCAUGCAGGAGAUCGACAUGAACGACUGGCAGAAGAACACCAUCUACCGGCACUACACCAAGAACAGCAAACAGAUCCAGUGGUUCUGGCAGGUCAGUCCCGGCACCAGCAGCACCUCCGACCCACUCCACAGCCCUGGGACCGUCCCCUGCCUGGGCCCUGGGGCAGGCAGGGCUGAAUUAACAGGCAGCAACGGGCCCCAGAAAUUCUGCAUCGAUAAAGUUGGCAAAGACACGUGGCUGCCUCGGAGCCAUACAUGCUUUAACCGCCUGGAUCUCCCCCCCUACAAGAGCUACGAACAGCUGAAGGAGAAGCUGCUUUAUGCGAUUGAGGAGACGGAAGGAUUUGGACAGGAGUGAUGGAGCUUUGGUGCUUUCCCAGGGGCAGGAAGGGCCCUGGAGCGCUGCUGGCCGCGAGGUCCUGCCCGCCGGCACCCGCAGAGCCCAGCGCCGAGCCCUCUCCGCGGGAUGGUGCGCAGGCAGCUGCGGACACUGUUGCUCUUGUUCCUGUGCGAGAUCUGCACUAACGCAGAAAUGGGUCCACGUUUCCUUCCCCAGACAAAUUUGAGGUGUGAUGGGGAGGUGGAGGCGAAAGCCUGGCUCUGCUCGGCUCGUGAGGGGUGCGGGCUGGCGCGGAGGGGACGGGGAGAAGCCCUGGGCCUUGGCAGGCAGCGCGUGGUGCACCGGGGCUCCCCCGUCCCCUCUCACAGACACAGUUACAUGAGAUCUGGUUUUGGCACAGGCUAUUUUUCCCCCCUAGUGUUUUCUACCUUCUCAUGGCAUUUUAAUAAAUGCAGGUGAGGAGGGGAAAUGGCUCUCGAACCAACUCUCAGGUCACUUUGGGGCCCUAUUCUGCACCCAGGAAAGGUAACGGGGAACCCCCAGUCGAUGCCGCUGGGGCCGACGCUCUGCACGAGGGCUGGGACGGUCCCUUCCCUGCCAGACCCGCGGC